CCUUGCAGGGCAGCAAAAGAGGCGGGAAACGGAAGCUCAGGGGCUCAAAGCCAUGGCCACAAGCGAAUCACAGAAGCAACUACUAACCCUAAUUCGAGAAUUCUCUUCUGAAAAGUCUCAAGGAGAACGCAGAGUAGUUGGUCUGAAGAAGCGAAUUGAAGAGAUACGGGCUGAGCUAGAUGCAGCAAAUGCAGAGCUUGAAGAUACGAAACGCUCAAAAGAAACUACGGAGCAGGAGCUUAAAGGCUACGAAGUUGAAUUGACCUUGAACGAUGCUUCGAUUCAAACCCUAGAGGCUAGAAUUUCUCAGGUUCAGGAUGAAAUAUCUACGGUUGGAUAUAAAGUAGAGGCUCUGAAGAAUGAAGAAGGAGCUACAAGAGAUGAGUUUAUCAGCAAAAUGUUUGAGAUCAACUUGGAGAUACGGUAGCAUUUAUUCAGAUCAUGUAUCUAUUUACACGUCUAUUUUCCACUUGGAACAUAAAAAAUUCAUGAUUUG